AUGCACCCCUUUUCCAUCUUAACCCUUGGGAUUUUUGUCGCGGGCUACACCACUGCCAGGUGGGAUCUUGUCACCCGUCUAUACGAACUAGCUAUCUUUGCGUGGGAUCACGGCGUUGUGACUCGAACAUUGAAGGGAUUCCUUUUCCUGUCCGUCUUUUUCUUCCUCCUCGUCCUUCCUAUCAACCAUCUAGCCGCGAGAGAGGGUCAAUUGCAUCCGCGCCACGUUAAUCUCGGCGUCUCCGCCCGGGAACAGCUACGCCGCCGAGGCUCCUUCUAA